AGUUUACUUCCGGCAAAAGAUAAACAACACAUAUGAGUUAAAUAUAUUUCAAUUGCAUGUAAAGUACGACUUUCGGUUGCCUUAAUUUAAUUUAUUUGUACUACGAAAGACACACACAACAUGACAGAAUUAUUGUCAUUAGACCUUCAGGUCCCAUUCAACACAGCGCGGGAGGCGGAAAUUGCGUACGGGACCCUCAGUGUUGAUGCUGAACCAAAGAGGGGAGGGACCAAGAAAAUCAUGGUGGUCAAAGGCUCAAUGCUCACAGUGAAUUUCAAAGCUACGGAGGCCAGAACACUGAGGGUCGCAGUUAACUCUUUCUUUGACCAUCUUAACCUUGUCGUGAAAACCAUUGAACAGUUUGGCCCACCAAAAUCCGUGGCUGCAGAGACUUGACAAGAUAUUAAGAUAUCUCUCUAAGAUAUCAUGCUGGCACACAUGUUUGGUACUUUAAGAAGAUAGCGAAUUUUAAUGCUGACAACAUUUUUCAAUAUCUGUUCAAAUCAAGUUGUUUUAUUUAUUAUUAUGAUUUAUGAACAACUACCAAGCUAAUUUUUUAAAGUGUUUCUUAUGCUUUUCGGCAAUAUGCUGUGUUUGUUUUAAAAAUUGAAGAUUUAUUUUUUAUAUUGGACUUCUGAUGACCACUUAGCAUUGUUAGUUGUGUUUUUUUUUCACAUUACACAUGAAAUCAGCUUUUUUGAUGUGUGGCCUUUAAAAAACGUGUGAGGUCCUUUUAUCAUGAAUGAACUGUUAAGGAUGCACAGAUUGUAAGUUGCUUAUUUGUUACUGACUGUGAGUGAUGUGAAAAUUUUGGUAGCGCAUGAUAAAAACAUCAGUGCUGACAUAUCUACAAAGACAUAACGAUUAUUUGUAACCGGUACAUUUGAGCACUGGUCAAGGAGUGCAUGCAAAUAAUGAUUGGAUUUCAUGAAGUGAUUGAAAUGACAUGUAACAUUCAAUGUAGGUUACUGUAUUUGACAGGUGAUGUAUGAAUGUUAAGAUAUCAAUUAAUGACAUCUGGAUUUUUCAUAUUUACAACUGCUCAAAGUCAUAACUGCAACUGACACCAUUAUGAUUGCUAAUGUGAAUGUCACAUAUAUGCAACACAAUAGGCAUAUUUGUUAGAUUAUGAAGUGAUUUGUAUUAUUAUUGUAUCAAUUAAAAAAAUUGUUUG